CCUCACUCCCCCCCCCCCCAGGCCUGUGCAGUGGGACUGAUUGCCAUUGGUGUGGCAGUUCAGGUCGUCUUGAAUCAGACCAUCACCCACGAGACCACGCCUGGCUCCCUGUUGCCUGUGGUCAUCAUUGCAGUGGGCGCCUUCCUCUUCCUGGUGGCCUUUGUGGGCUGCUGUGGAGCCUGCAAGGAGAACUACUGUCUUAUGAUUACAUUCGCCGUCUUCCUGUCUCUCAUCAUGCUGGUGGAGGUGGCCGUGGCCAUCGCGGGCUAUGUGUUUAGAGACAAGGUGGAGUCAGAGUUUAAUAAGAACUUCCGGCAGCAGAUGCAGAAUUACCUCAAAGAUAACAACACGGCCCUGGUUCUGGACGGGCUGCAGAAAGAAUUUGGGUGUUGUGGAGCCAAUAACUACACAGACUGGGAGAACAUCUCUGGUAUGGCCAAGGACCGAGUCCCCGACUCCUGCUGCGUCAACAUUACCGUGGGCUGUGGAAACGAUUUCAAGAAAUCCGCGAUCCACACUCAGGGCUGUGUGGAGAGUAUAGGGGUCUGGCUGAGGAAGAAGAUAUUGCUGGUGGCUGCAGCAGCUCUGGGCAUUGCUUUUGUGGAGGUCCUGGGCAUCAUCUUCUCCUGCUGUCUGGUGAAAAGCAUCCGAAGUGGCUAUGAAGUCAUGUAGGGGUGGGGGGGGGUCUGGCCCUUUUCCGUCUUUUCAUCUAAGGGAGUGGUUUCUCCAGGUUUUUCAAUUAAACGGAUUAUUUUUUCAGACCUAAAAA